AACUUUAUUUAUUUUUAUAUUUAAUGUCUAAUAUUGUUGAUCAAGUAAGAAUGUGUCACUUUCCUUAUUAUACUUUAUCCAAUCCUAAUAAUAAUGUAGCUUACUACUCCACCUAUGUGCAUUGGCAUAUAUUAAUAUGGUUGAGGACAUCUCGUGGGGAAUUUGUGAAGGCUUUCACUUGUGAGCUUAGAAAACUGAAGAUGGGUUUCACAGGGGAGUUGGUAAGAAGUGUCUUCUCCAAAAAUCGUUCUGAUGGGUCUCAUGAAAACAAAGUGAGGCGCAAUAGUGCUAAAAAUAGAAGAAUGUUAUCUGUGAGGUCAUUCUUGUGUGGUGAUGAAUUCAAUUCAGUCCUUGCAGAGAAUGAUUCAGCUUCAGUUAAGAGCUCUGAAGUCACGGUUUCACAGUCCGUACAUGAGGGCUUGUUAAACGAUGAAGGAGACACUGAAAGUGAAGAAACUGUGGAGAAUGUAGCACAGAACAGGCCAAGUUCAAACUCCAAAAAGUCAUUGAAUGAGGAAGAAGCAGCUGUUCUUAUUCAAUCAGCAUUUAGAGGCUUCCUGUUGAGGCGUCAAAAUGGAGAAAUCAAAUCACAAACUGGAAAAGAUGAGUUCAAUUUAGUAACAGAAAGUCCAGACAAAAAGUCCAUAGGCACAUCAAUUGAUGUCCAAACCUCAAACUCUACGGAAGUUUUCUCUGUCGAAGGAGAAUUAAAGGGCAUUUGCCACCGUAUUCAGCGCAGGACCAGAACUCAAGCAAUAAAGCAAAAGGAAGAUUGGGAUGACAGCACAGUAAGUAGCUAUGUUUCAAAAAUGAGGAUGCAGAAUAGAAUGGAGGCUUCAACCAGGAGGGAAAGAGCACUGGCUUAUGCUUUCUCACAACAGCUAAGAAUCUGUUCAAAGAGGAAAUCUCCAAAAUUUAACAGCAUGGAGUCAAAUAUGAGUUGGAGUUGGCUUGAGCGGUGGAUGGCAACGCGCCUUCCGGAGACAUCAUCAGUUGAAAGCCAUGCCAUGAAGCAGUAUGACCCUUCUAAUGGUAGUCACAAAUUCACAAUCAUGACAAGAUUUUUUGAUGCUGCUGGGGAAGAAAAGGAGAGCUGCGGGUCAAAUGAAGUGCCCCUUCAUUUUGAUAACUAUUCCAUCAAUUCACGAGAAGAAAAAGUUAGCUUCAAACCACAUACACCAAAGACCAACUUCAAAGCUAGGAGAACUGUUUCAAGGCGGAAAACAGUGCCUAGUUAUCAAUUCCAUGAAGAGCAGCCAAAGGUAAGCAAAAGAGAUGGUUCAGGCGAUGCUAGCAAGGAUAUUAAGCAAAAACAAAAGCAAGUGGGAAGCAGGACAGAAAUUGCAUUAAGCACCUCGAAAGCUUCUAAUGUGUAACUUGUAAAAAAUAAAGUCAAAGUAUGUGUCUAGUAUUGAGAUGUAAUGGUUGGAUUCUCUAGUAGAUUCUUGAUUCCAUAAAUCUUAUGUGUACAUUGUACAUAAUAUCAAGUACAAGAUUGAGAUGGUUGUUCUGA